CCCUUCAAAUCCCUAUACUAUAACCUCAAUCUCACUCCUAAUCACCUCAUCCACAACCGCCCACCAUGUCAUCAACCACCAACCCCCUCUCCAGCACCUCUCUCCCCAGCCCCUCCUCUCCCCCCCCGCCAAAAUCCUACAACAUCGCCGGCAUAACCGUCUCCAUCCUCGGCCUCUCCUCCCUCCCCCCACCUGCACCUCCCUCACAGUCCUCUACCUCCUCCACCCCCGCCUCCAAUCCGCCUCCACCAUGCUCCCAAUCGGCUCCCACAUCCUCACCUCCUGGUCCGCCCACCAAUCCACCCUCCCCCCCUCCCACCCUGCAAAAUCCGCCGGUCUCCUAACCCUAACCUUCGACCAACGCAACCACGGCGCGCGGCUUGUGGACUCCGUCGGCAACGACUCGUGGCGCGAUGGAAACCCAAGGCACGCGCAGGAUAUGUUUGGCGUCUACAAUGGGACGGCAGUGGAUGUGUCGUUGCUGAUUGAUCAUGUGGGGAGUUAUAUCGCGGAGGAGUUUCCGGGGGUGAUGCCGGGGAUUGAGCGGAAUUUGGUGUUGGGGGUUAGUUUGGGGGGGCAUGCGGCGUGGCAGGUGUUGUUUGCGGAGCCGAGGGUUGAGGCGGGGGUGGUGGUUAUUGGUUGUCCGGAUUAUAUACGCGUUAUGAGCGACCGCGCACGCCUCUCCAAGCGCACAACCUACACCCAAGACGCCGGGUCCACCUUCCUCGGCAGCCGCGACUUCCCCUCCUCCCUCCUCACCGCGAUCCAAAAAUGGGAUCCCCGCGGCAUCCUCUUCGGCGCUCGGGAAAUUCCCUCCCGACCCCCCACGCGGGAUUCACCACGCGAAGAGGCGCGGUUGAAAGACAUCCUGGAAUCCAGGGUGAAGGGGAAAUCGGUGCUAGUGUGUAGUGGCGGGGCGGAUAAAUUGGUGCCGUAUAAGGCGUCGGAACCGUUUUUGGGGUGGUUGAAGGAGGCGGUCGGGAGGGGGGGUGGUGGGAGGGGGGGAUGGGGGUUAGGGAUGUGGUGUAUGAGGGGGCGGGACAUGAGUUUACGGAGGCGAUGGUUGGGGAUGCUGUGGGGUUUGUGGUGGGGUUGA